GCCUCAGCCAGUCCUUUGAAAACGGUACCAAAAGUCUGAAGGUCCAUAAUCCCUGUAUAAUAUAAUUAAUUUUUUUUAAUCGCGCAGGCGCACUCGCGCGCGAUCGCCUUUUUAAAUUCCCCCCAAAGGAAGUAAGUAGUAGUGUGAUAACCCAUUUCACGACUUCCGCGCCGCGAAGAGUGAUUGCACUUAAAAGACGGGGUCGCCUAUCAGGAUAACAAUAAUCCCGUGAGAUGCGGGUGAGGGUGAGGAAUAUGCCUAAGUUCACGCUGCUACUGCUACUUGUAGCAGUCGCGUUCACUCUCGCCGAGGGAAAAUUGUUGAGUCGAUGGAAGCGACAGGACGAUAAGAAGGAUAACGUCAAGGACGAAUUUUGUAAGGACAAGGACGCCGGAGAAUGGUUUCGACUACAGGCUGGUGAGGGUGACAAUUGCCGUGAUGUUAUUCAGUGUACGAGUUCAGGAAUUCAAGCUUUGAGAUGUCCCGCGGGAUUAUAUUUCGACAUUGACAAACAAACGUGUGAUUGGAAGGAUGCAGUGCACAAUUGCAAAUCAACAAACAAAGAGAGGAAGGCCAAGCCCCUUCUCUAUACUGAGGAGCCACUUUGUCCGGAAGGUCAACUCGCCUGUGGAAAUCAAGAAUGUAUCGAGAGAGGACUUUUUUGCAAUGGCGAAACAGAUUGUAAUGAUGGAUCCGAUGAAAAUAUUUGUGAUAUGGAUAAUGAUCCCAAUAGAGCUCCACCUUGUGAUCCCACUGUUUGUGUCUUGCCUGAUUGCUUCUGCUCCGAAGAUGGUACAACAAUACCAGGUGAUCUACCAUACAAAGAUGUUCCACAAAUGAUCACCAUUACAUUCGAUGAUGCUAUCAAUAAUAAUAAUAUUGGUCUCUACAAGGAAAUAUUCAAUGGAAAACGUCGUAAUCCAAAUGGUUGUGAUAUUAAGGCAACAUUCUUUGUCUCACACAAAUACACCAAUUAUUCGGCUGUUCAAGAAAUGCACAGAAAGGGUCACGAAAUUGCAGUGCAUUCAAUUUCGCACAAUGAUGACGAGAGAUUCUGGUCAGACGCAACAGUCGAUGAUUGGGCAAAAGAAAUGGCGGGAAUGAGAGUAAUUAUUGAGAAAUAUGCCAAUUUAACGGACAACAGUGUUGUUGGUGUUCGUGCACCAUAUUUAAGAGUUGGUGGCAACAAUCAAUUUACAAUGAUGGAGGAACAAGCUUUUCUCUAUGAUUCAACAAUUACUUCGGCCCUCAAUAAUCCUCCACUUUGGCCCUACACCAUGUAUUUUAGAAUGCCACAUCGAUGCCAUGGAAAUCUUCAACACUGUCCCACUAGAUCUCACGCAGUUUGGGAAAUGGUAAUGAACGAACUGGACCGAAGAGAAGAUCCUCAAAAUGACGAAUAUCUUCCAGGAUGUGCUAUGGUCGAUUCAUGCAGCAAUAUAUUAACUGGUGAUCAAUUCUACAAUUUCUUGAAUCACAACUUUGAUAGGCAUUACGAACAAAAUCGAGCACCAUUGGGUCUCUAUUUCCAUGCCGCAUGGCUAAAAAAUAAUCCCGAAUUUCUCGAUGCCUUUCUAUAUUGGAUCGAUGAAAUUUUAGCAAAUCACAAUGAUGUCUAUUUUGUAACAAUGACACAAGUCAUUCAAUGGAUUCAAAAUCCACAGACAGUCACUGAAUCAAAGAAUUUCGAAUCAUGGAGAGACAAAUGUGUUGUCGAAGGACCACCAGCAUGUUGGGUUCCACACACAUGUAAAUUGACAUCCAAGGAAGUCCCCGGAGAGACAAUUAAUCUUCAAACUUGCAUUCGUUGUCCCAAUAACUAUCCAUGGAUCAAUGAUCCCACUGGAGAUGGUUUCUUCUAAAGGUCAUCACUUCUAAGUCAGAUUUAUUCAUACUUAUAAAAAAAAAAAAAAACAUAAAAAAGAAGCGAACUUAGCAUUUUUAAAAAUGAUGGAUUAAAAAAAACAAAAUACGUUUUUUUACACGCGCGAUAUAAUUGUUUUUUUUUUAGUAGAGUAGCUCUCGUUCCACUCAAGUCGAUUCUUGUGUGGACAAAAAAGGCUUCCGUGUUUUAAAUUAUAAAUAUUAUAUGAUAAGUCAUAAUUGAACGAUUGCAUCGCGACCGUCUUUUUUGAAAAUGUCUCAUUUUCGCAUUAAUGACGAAGAGUACCCGAGCAGCAUCUCCCUGGAAAGAUGCAAAAAGAAUCUCUUUAUUAGAAAACAAAAAAAAAGAAAAAAAAAAAAAAAAGCAGGAGAGAAAGUGGCGGACUUGUUAGAUCCGCAAAAGUGAGACUCGAUGUGUAAUAUAGACCUCGUUUCCUUAUUUUUUUAUUUUCAAAAGUGAUUAGUCGCGAGCAUUGCUCGUUAUAAUUUUGUUUCUUUGUUUUUUUUUUA